GAACAGAAGUUAUAGGUGAAAUACUGCCAACAUCAUUUCUACAAAAAGUUGCAUUUUAUUUCAAUAAUGAUUUGGUCUAAAAUACUAUUUGUGCACCGUUUCAAGAUUUAAAAAUAGUUGUAUUCGAUCAUACUCGACAUGCGCUAUCUUUUGAAUACAGAUUGGUUGCUUAUCCGGAAUUAGUGAAAACCGAUCGUGUCCUUUGAGCUCUUAGCUACUUUUCUUGAUAGAGUUAUGAAUUUUUUAAAUUCUUCCAUGUUUUCCUAGGAAAAAUAGAAAAAUCGCGCUAACUUUUGACGGAUGAGUCACCGGCUGAAAUCCUUUUAGGCGUUUUAUUACCUCUAUAUACUGUAUCGAUCGACGUAUAAACCACUGGAAACAGGAGUGAUCACUUCCAUAGGUUUUCUCUUAAAUGUCCUCUUUCCAACUGACUAAUUUUUGUCCGGUAAAAAGCAUAUUUUAUUAGUUUUUCACGAAAUUUUUGGGAUUUCUGUGGAAAUGCAAAUAUCAUAUGCCUUAUGAUGGUGUUAUGAAAAAAAUGUUCACAGGUAUAGACACAUAUAAGGCACGUGUACGACUUGAUGCGCAUCAGAAUUGUCAUGGUCAAAAGCCUAUAGAGCAAUUUUGCUAAAGUUUUAGGGACAGAAACAACUCCUGGCACCUAUGUCAUUCGACCCAGUUCUUGAUCUUGUAUCUGAAUAUGAUUUUGUUUUUGUCAAAAUGUUGAAUUUUGGCUGAGAAAUGACAAAGUACAGGUCCAAUUUCAGAGUAAAAAACUAGAACAAUUGAGUUUUAUUCAAAAUUUUACCUAUUUUCACAUAUUUUUGAAAAAUCGAUAUUUAAAAUUUUUUUAACUGAAAAAUGUAUUCCAAAAUAUGAAGAUUAAGUUUUUUCUAUGCAACUCGAUGUGCUGUAUCCCACCAUGGCAAAAAACGAAAAAUAAAAUUCUGUAUCUUAAAAGAAAAGGCAAAUAACUAAUGUGUAUAUGUUUAAAAAGUAGUACUUUCUGUGUCGCUCCCCUUAAUGUCCUCACAGAUGUGGACAUUUCAUUAUUAAACACCGUGCAUCAAGACAACUUCACAGAAAAUUUAUUUUCUUGUGUAGUUGUAGAAAGGUUUGUAGCAAUUGUUAUCUACCAUUACAUCUGAAAAUCCUUGUAUUGCUAAAACUAUGGCAAAAGCUUUUAAAAAAAUUCAAAAAUUUGAAACUGUUUAAUUUCAAAGUUAAUUAUCUCAGUCAAGAUCCAUAGAAAAAAAUUUCUUUUUUGCUAAUCGAGAGCUUAUGAAGUCUCUAAGGUUGGAACAAAAUCCGAUUCUGAUAUGACGCUUCGUUAUUUAUCUAUAUCGAUUUUAUCACUGUCCACGGGAAUUUUUUAGAUGAAAAAUCAAAUAUCAGACUUUGUUAGCCUUUAGACGGAUGUCUUAGCGUCAAUUCGAGGCUAAAUUUAGUUCUUCAUGACUUAAACUAGUCGAAAAGUCUUGCACACACAAACAGAUCCAUUUUGCCUCUUUUUUGACACCUUUCGAAUGUUAACAGAUGAAGCAUCGUAAAUGUUAUGGAAACUAUUCUUAAACAUACUCAAGAUAUCCGAAAGUUUUUGCUCAGAUUGUGCCUAUUUUCAUCGAGAUUAUGCUGAUAUCUGUUGAGGGAUGUUAAAACGAAAAAAGUAUCUUACAACGAUUAAAAAUUAUUUACCUUAAUUCGGAAAAUGUUAACAAGUGAAUACCCUGGUUAAUUAGUCUUGUACUGAAUAUGAUGUGCUUACUUUAAUGAAUAGAAUUAUUUGAAUAUAUUUAGGUCAAAAAAAAACUUGGUAGACGUUCGAAAUUUAGUGUCAUGCAGAUUCGUUAUAACGGUUGCAAGGGAAUUUUAUCGGUAAAACCAGAACUUGACAAUCAACAACGUCAAUUAGUUGUUCGAGAGAGCAUGAAAAAAUUCGACUGUGAUCAUUAUAUGUUAGAAGUGUGUAAAAUAUCAUCACCAAGUAAGUGCUUCUGCCGUAAUAGACAAGGAUGGGGAAAAAAAAUCUCAAAUUCAGAACAGUGGUCAUCUUUUUGUGCGUCUGUUAUUGAAAGUUUAUUGCUGACAAAUUCUACAGAGUUAACUCUUAACUUUAACUUAACAUUUCAUUUUUCUAUUGAAGGACCAUUGUACCUAAAUCGUCAAACCAUAGUAUUACUCUCAAAUCGUGGAAUUCCAGACUCAAAUUUUCUCGUAUUGCAAAAUCAAAAUCUUUUGUGGCUUGUUCAGUCAUUUUUAGAUAAUGAAUAUGCCUUAAAACUUUUAAAUGAUAAAGUUUUAGAUGUAUUUCCACUCAAAAAAUUAGCAAAAUACAUCGAUUUAAGCACUGAAAUAUUCUUUAAAGAUUUAUUGAUUGGAUGCUGUUUAACCAAUGUUUUGGAAUUACUAAAGUGA